AUGUACAAUAAGUCAGACGUCCUGAUCGGGGCCCCCAGGGCCAACACAUCGGGCCCCAGUGUGGUGGUGGAGAGAGGGGCCGUGUACAGCUGCCCCUGGAACUCCCCGUCCUGCUCCCAGCUGCUCUUCGACUCCACAGAUGACCGGAAGAACGCGGCUGGAGCUCAGAUGGAGUUCAAGUCCAGGCAGUGGUUCGGAGCCUCAGUGCGGUCGUCCGGAGAACACAUCCUGGCCUGUGCUCCUCUGUACCAGUGGUCCACAUAUGGGAUCUCGGAGCGGGAGCCCGUCGGGACUUGUUUCCUGAAGAAAGGACAAUCCAUCGUGGAAUAUUCUCCCUGCAGAUCAAGUGGGACGUCUCCAGAGAACCAGGGCUUCUGUCAGGCCGGCUUCAGUGCAGACUUUGUAAAGAACACCAAAGUGGUCAUUGGAGGACCAGGCAGCUUCUACUGGCAGGGUCAGCUGAUCUCCGAUGACAUCACAGAGAUUUUUGAACGAACCAAAAAUGAUUACAUCAACAAGUACAGCAACACCAUGGAAACCAGGUCUGCAGGCGCUCAGUACGACGACAGCUACCUGGGUCUUAAGGAGCUGGUAGGAGACAGUGAGGAGGUGCAGCAGGUAGGAGACAGUGAGGAGGUCCAGCAGGUAGGAGACAGUGAGGAGGUCCAGCAGGUAGGAGACAGUGAGGAGGUCCAGCAGGUAGGAGACAGUGAGGAGGUCCAGCUGGUAGGAGACAGUGAGGAGGUCCAGCAGGUUGGAGACAGUGAGGAGGUCCAGCAGGUAGGAGACAGUGAGGAGGUCCAGCAGGUUGGAGACAAUGAGGAGGUCCAGCUGAUAGGAGACAGUGAGGAGGUCCAGCUGGUUGGAGAGAGUGAGGAGGUCCAGCAGGUAGGAGACAGUGAGGAGGUCCAGCUGGUAGGAGACAGUGAGGAGGUCCAGCUGGUAGGAGACAGUGAGGAGGUCCAGCUGGUAGGAGACAGUGAGGAGGUCCAGCUGUUAGGAGACAGUGAGGAGGUCCAGCUGGUAGGAGACAGUUACUCUGUGACUGUGGCAGACAUGAACGAAGACCUGAAAGAUGAUUACAUCACUGGAGUCCCGCGAGGAGACAAGGCACUGGGUUAUGUGAACAUCUUCAACGGCCAGAACAUGGAGUCAGUGAUGAACUUCACAGGGACACAGAUGGCGGCUUAUUUUGGACACUCUGUCGCUGCUACCGACAUCAACAAAGACGGGUUUGUGGAUCUGUUUGUUGGAGCUCCACUCUUCAUGGACCGAGGCUCCGACGGGAAACUGAGGGAGGUUGGACAGGUGUCUGUGUACUUGGGCCGUGGAGGGUUCUCGUUCCAGGAUGCGCAGCAUCUGACGGGUUCUGAGGUUUACGCUCGGUUUGGAUCCGCCAUCACGGCGCUGGGCGACCUGGACAUGGACGGCUUCAACGAUAUUGCGAUCUCAGCACCGUACGGAGGGCCUGACCACAUUGGUCUGGUCUACAUCUAUAACGGGCGCUCACACGGCCCUGAGCUCACCCCCUCUCAGGUCCUUCAUGGGAAAUGGGCGUCCACCUACAUGCCUGCAAGCUUUGGAUACUCCAUGUCCGGGAACACAGACAUUGACGACAACGGAUACCCAGAUUUAAUGGUCGGUGUGUUUGGAGCAGACAAAGCAGUUCUGUACAGAUCUCGUCCUGUGAUCAGUGUGAACGCCUCCUUAGACCUGACUCCUCAGAUCAUCAACCCAGAGGACAAGACCUGCACCAUCCCCAACACCACCACCGCCGUCUCCUGCUUCAAAGUGAAGUAUUGCCUCAGGGCCAGUGGAAACGGGGCGCCCUCCAGACUCACCUUCAAAGUGGACGUGACGCUGGAUCGUCUCAAACAGAAGGAGGCAACGAAGAGAGUUCUGUUCCUUCACAGCAAACAGUCUCAGUAUUCCAGAGAGAAGGAGGUGACCAACAUCGCCCUGGAGGACCACAUCACCAACGACCAAUCAAUGACCUGCGAGGAGCUGCUGGUCUAUCUGCGAGAUGACAGAGAGUUCAGAGAUAAAAUCACUCCGAUCUCAGUGACGAUGGAGUAUUCUCUGGAUUAUCAACGUGCUGCAGACCCCACAGGCCUCCUGCCCAUCGUGGACAUCACAGCGCCCUCUAACAUCACCAAACAGGCUCACAUCCUGCUGGACUGCGGAGAGGACAACAUCUGCAAACCUGACCUGAAGCUGUCCGUCAAGAGUGAGCCACAGCAGAUCUACAUCGGAGACGACAACACGCUGACGUUAGAAGUGAGCGCAGAGAACCAGGGCGAGGGCGCGUACGAGGCCGAGCUGCACGUGUUCCCCCCACAACAGGCUGACUUCACUGGGGUGGUCCGCAACCAGAGUCUGAGCAGACUGUCCUGCGCCUACAAGAAGGAGAACAACACCAAGAUGGUGGUGUGCGACCUCGGGAACCCCAUGAAGGGAGGAACCAAGGUUGUGGCCGAGCUACGCUUCAGUGUGCAUCAGCUUUCAGAGGAGGACACUUCGGUCAAAUUUGAUCUGCAGGUCGUCAGUUCAAACCAGUUCAGCAACACCAGCCCACGCGUCUCCAGCACCACUAAGCUUGCCGUGCUCGCCAAGGUGGCCAUCAGAGGGUCUUCGAACCCAGGUCAGGUGCUGCUGCCCAUCGCCAACUGGAAACCACGGGAGCCUCCUGCUGAGGAGGACGAUAUCGGGCCUCAGAUUCUCCUGGUUUAUGAGCUUCUGAACAAUGGCCCCAGCACCUUCUCCAAAGCGUCUCUGGAUGUGGAGGUUCCCUUUCACUUCAGGAACGGCUCAGUGCUGUAUGUGACCAGCUUUGACACCGAGGGGCCCAUCAACUGCACCACAGACACCGAGAUCAACCCCCUCAACGUGUCGAAAUCACUGACGCCUGAGAAGAAUGUGACGAGUGGAAUUCCUCCCAGAGAAAGAGAAACAGAAGGACGGAACCGCAACCACGUGAUCCGCAGGAGAGAGGUGGAGCCCAGGGACGCACAGGGAGACCUGCAAACACUGGACUGCAGUGCGACCGACUGCCUCCUGCUGCGGUGUCAGGUCGGGCGUCUGGAGAGAGGGAAGAACGCCAUCGUGUUCAUUUAUUCAAGACUCGACGUCAACAACUUCCUCAGGGUUGAAAACCAGAACCGCUCAAACUGGACUUUGACCUUCCUUCAAACAGCACCUCUGUGA